GCAAAAGUGAAAUAUUAAACUACGUAAUAAAGACGUGAAGGUCAUCCAACCACAAAAUCUCCCCUUCAAAAAGAACUCUGAAGAUUGUUUCUAAAACUUGUGAGGUCACUUUCUACACACCUGAGGACAGCCUCCAGUGAUACCUCUAUCAGAAGGCUGAAACUCAAGACUCGAAAGUGAUUUCUAAGAGCGGAUUUCACCAUGGAAACUCUGAAAGAAUAUGGAGCUACAAAGCUUAGCCUGGACAACUGUAUGGUCCCAAAUGAACGCUUACUAGACACACCAUCUUCUAAAGAUGGUUGUAGCCAUGAAUUGGAAGUGGAUUUAAGGAUAGUCGGGUGCGAGUACAUUCAAUCGGCGGGUCUGUUGCUACGGCUACCUCAGGUGGCCAUGGCAACUGCUCAGGUCCUCUUUCAGCGUUUCUACUAUUCAAAGUCAUUUGUCAAGUACAGUGUCCAGCCCCUUGCGAUGGCGUCCGUCUUUCUAGCGGCAAAGAUUGAGGAGCAAUGUCGGAGGUUGAGAGAAGUAAUUAAUGUUUUUCACCACCUAAAACAGAAAAGAAUGGGCAGGACAAUAACUCCAAUGGACUACAUGGGAGAGGAGUACUUCAAGACCAAGGCCGCAGUUAUCAAAUACGAACGAUUUCUGCUCAAGGACCUAGGAUUCUGUGUUCAUGUCAAGCAUCCCCAUAAGCUGGUCGUGACGUACCUCCAGAUGCUGGACCUUCAUCAGUCCACUCUAGUGCAGCGAGCCUGGAACAAUAUGAACGACAGUCUGAGGACCAACGUGUUUGUGCGCUUCCCUCCUGAGACAAUAGCGUGUGCUUGUAUAUUCCUGGCAGCCAGACAGCUCAAGGUAUCCCUACCAUUGAGACCACCAUGGUGGAAGGUGUUUGGAGCUGAACAGAAACACUUGCAAGCAAUCAGUUUUGAGUUACUGGCCCUCUACUCACGACCACUUAAGAUGCUGGACACUCUCGAGAAGGAAGUCGCUGCUUUGAGAGAAAAACUGGCCAAGAAAGAAACCAACCUCAAAAAGACAGCAUCAGCAGCCUCAUCUCCUGAGAUGUCCUCCUCUGCACUCACUGACCAGACACUGCGCACAGAAGACAACAAACUUCACUCAAAGAGCCCACUCGCUCUGACCACCCUCCAAGCCUCUAGUGCCAACCCCAGCCCUCUAACACAAUCAUACAAAGAACCAAUCAAAAACGGACGCAAAUCACCGCUAGAGAUAUCCCGACGCAAAUCACCGCAAGAAAUAUCCCGAAAACGGUCCCGUUCGCCCUCCACCAAACACAAGUCUGAUCGCAGCAAGAGUCGUUCCCCCCUCGGCAAGCCCAUCAGUGCUCCGUUGGCACUAAGCUCCAGUGAGAGUGACACUGAACGACCUGGUUCCACUUCACCAAGCUUUAACGGGAUUCCAGAGCGUUAUAGACGAGACUUGGAACAAGAGGGUCACUCACGGAAGAGCAAACACAAGCAUAGGUCCGACAAACACAGUGAACAUCACUCGAAACGCUCCAAAUCAUCGAAGUACAAAUCACAUGACACUGAGAAACGGAAAGAGUAUUACGAGGAAUACGAUCGAGAGAGAUCAAAGAGCUAUCGGAAACGAGAGAAAGACUAUGAGCGCGAUUACUACAGUUCAAGCAAGAUCAGAAAAACUGAGUCAGUUAGGUAUAGGUAACAAACUGCUUCACUUUUUUUUUUCAAUUUAUUUUUUAUUUACUUAAUAAUUAUUCUUGGUCUAUUCUUACUAUUAUUGAGAAUCUAUCUAUUCACUGCAUUUGCAGCCACAUAAAUUAUUUGCCAUCAA